AUCGAAAGUAAGCUGCUGGAUGAGGAAAUAAGAAAUCACACAGGCGAUACGUAUUGUCCGUCUCCUGCACCCGUACACCUCUGAUCUUCAUUUAGAAGCAAACAUAUUUAACUUGUCUUUAACUUUAAGUUUGUUGUAGUCAUGUCAAAGGCAGCGACCCUGAAAAUAAGCAGCACAGCUGCGGUAAAGGUGGAGAACUUCCGCCAGUCGCUGUAUCAUGAGGCAGAAAAUCUGUUCUCCAAUUUCAUCCCACAGAAGAUUAUACAGCUGGAUUCUCUGCUCAGGGACGAUGCCCUCAGCAUCACCGACAUGGCCUCUCUCCAAGCGCCGCUGGACAUCCCCAUCCCGGACCCUCCGUCCCCGGAGGACGAGGAAAUGGAGACAGAUAAAAAUGAAGACGAUGAGAAGAAGAAGAAGAAAGCUCCAAAAUGUGGCUUCAUCAAGGGGAACGAGAAGAUCAUGAUGCUUCUGGACAGGGUGAAACCGGAGAUCGUCGCUCUGAGAGAGACCAUCAUUAGUGUGUCCUGCUGGAUUCAGCACCUCAUCCCCAAAAUAGAGGAUGGGAAUGACUUCGGAGUGGCCAUUCAGGAGAAAAUCCUGGAGAGAAUCGCUGCUGUAAAAACCAAAGUUGAUGGUUUUCAGACAAACAUCAACAAGUACUUCUCAGAGAGGGGAGAUGCUGUCGCCAAAGCCUCUAAAGAGACUCAUGUGAUGGACUACCGCUCGCUCGUCCACGAGAAGGACGAGACCAUCUACUCCGAGAUCAGGGUGAUUGUUCUCGACAUCCGCGGCUUCUACGCCGAGUUUUACGACAUCAUCAGCAAGAACCUGGAGAAGGUGACCAAUCCGAAAGGAGAGGAGAAGCCGUCCAUGUACUGAAGCUGGAGGAGGUGGUGACGGGACAGAUUCUUCGAUCCUCUGCAUUCGAUUUCAGUCAGGCCGCGUGUACAUUUAAACCAGCUACAAACAACAGUUCAAAGUUUAAAAUAAGUUUCACCUCCCAGUUUUGCUUCUUCAGUUCAAUAAACAUGAAAAAUAACUGGAUCCAGGUCACUGCUGUAUGGAAAACACUUUAGUUUUGUACAAGCACUUGCACUAAAUUUAUGUUGUUGUACGACUGUGAGUUUUAAAUAAAAAAACCAAACAAAAACAAAUAAAAAAGGUGAGAGAUUCAAGAGA